AUGUCCCAGGACUUUAUUAACAAGAGGUUCGACGAGUUCACCAAAGUAAGCGGCAGGAUCUGUAUUCUUGUCGCCACCACCAUCGCUUCUAAUGAGAGGAAGGAUGCAGAGAAAAGUGCCAAGAAAUCGACCAAGCCUUCUGCUAAGAAGCAGAAACAAGCUAAUCCUCCGAUGACCGCAACAGCUGACCCUUCAAACUCUGAGGAUCAACCUGAACACGUUCCUGAGGUCUCUAGCUACUCUUGA